AUCUGCACUACCAAUUCUCUCCCUCUCUCGUUUUACGUUUGGUGUCUUUUUAACCUGAAAGAAUUCCUGACAUCGCUAUGGCUAGCAGUGAUGUCGACAGUUGCUGCGGUCUCCCUGACUGUGACUCUCAAGAAGCCGAUCAGCCAUGCUCCUGUUGUUCCAGUGGCAACAGUCUUGAAAUCGAUGAUACGCCGGCAGUCCAAAGCAGAGUCGAUUGCGCUGCAAACGCGGCCGAGUCGAAGCAGCAAGUUUUCAUUCGUGAGGUUCGAUAGAUGUGAAGUGUGCUACUAAUAUUAGCGAUGUAUACCAGAGUGGACAUGAAUCUUGUGAAAUUUGAUCAAU